GUCGGCGAUUGUUUUUAACGCGGUUGACUGCAAUCCACAGCCUUGUGCAGGAAUUCGGUUCCAAUUUGAACCAUGAGUGAAACGAAACUAAUACUAAACAGUGCCAACGACUUGCUACUGGUCGGGGAUGGUAUCCGCAAUGUGCCGCUGAAGCACAUAGCCCAGACGUCCCUCAAAGGACUUCGGCGCCAGGAGAGCGACAUCGAGUUGUACGAGAUUCUGCUUACCAACAUUAUACAUCAGUUCGACCCGAGGGAGUUUGAAGCGGAAGUUUCGUGUGCCAUUUUACCAGAAUUAGUGUGCUUUUUAGAAAAGAUUCAGUCAGAAGUACAAUCGAACGCGCUUUCGUUUUUCUUCGUAGAGAAUCUUACUAUUUUAUUAAGAGUGGCUGAAGUGCUACUGAAACUCGUCGAGUAUCUUACAGAAAAGGAGGAACAAUGUCAGUUGGUGCGAUCACUUGUAAUAUUUCCAGAAUAUCUUCUGCGUUGCUACACGAUCGUCCGAAACAAUUAUGCCACCAUGGCACACGAGUCCGAGGCUCUAGAAGCGAUGAAGACACUUUACGCCGUGUGCAAGAAGCUUUUAAUAGCCUAUCUGGAACUGUUGUACCCAAGGGAAACGUCCGGCCGCAGUUGCAACUACUUUCGUGCAAUAGAUCACGAAGAAGAGUACGAUUGUUUGGAGAAAGUUUGUAUCCUGUUGGCCAAUGUGGGCAAUGAAAUCAGCCCCAUCGAUUCACUGCUUGCUAGCGACGUGUGGAAAGCGAUCGUGAAACUUUGUACCGAUCACGCGGAACAGUCCUUUGGUCGCGACAGAACUACGUGGCUCGGUGAGAUUGUUACAAUUCUUAACACUGGCAUCAACACCUCAUUCUUGGAUGUGCAGACCAAAAAUGAGCCUACCAAGCAGAGCACGAUCGCAUUAAAGUUGAAUGCAUUUUUCCUUCGGGUGAUGUUAAAGAUACUUACACUUUCAAAGCUACACACUGGGUUGUGGACUUAUACUUCGAUCAUACGUACCUUACUCGAAGUCAAGUCUUGCCUGCGUAUGAAAGCAAUCUGCAACGAAUUGGCAGCGGGCAUAGAACAGUACCUACACAUCGGUUAUAUGGCUAUCGUGGAAAAUUCUUUUCGUUCGGAAUCGUUUGCAAAGGCUUUAUCCCAGUAUGAUUGUAAAACACAGGAAGAAACUCAUUCUUUCUUCCAUCUCAUGAUGCACAUAGUCACACAACUACUUCCGAACGCAAACGAUAGCGUAUUGCUAUCACUAUACUGUAAACGGAACCAUCUUCUACAGCAUGUAUGCAGCCUCUUAAAUCGGUCUGACGCAUUGCUCUACCACAACGGUACGCUAUACAAACAAUUGCUCGUCCACUGCUCGGCGCUCAUUCUGAUGGGCGUUCGCUUGAAAGACCGAGCAGCACAGAAAAUGAUUGAGGAAGCGCUUGUACGCAUGGUACUCCAAGAGCACUACUACACGGCGUUAUUCGGCAUCGAUCUUUGGUCAAUAUUCGUUCGCUACCAUUCCACCCAGCUAAUGUACGCGUAUUUCAUUUUUUGGAAGAAAAUUAACGAUCACUACUCGAUCUUUACCAGCCACCCGAAACAGGUACACGUUCGGCUGCUGUUGCGCAAUCUGUUUGUUUUUCUUCCGGUUACGCAUAAAGAAAAGCUACUUCACACAUUUCCCGCCACGGACAGUGCACACGAUCGCCUAUGGGUCGCCUUGAGUCCGUUACCAGCAGAAAUUGAUGAAUCGAAAAGGAAACAGUUCAUGGCAUGUUUAGAAAAGCGAUUAUUACAGAGUAUCAAAGCACGGCAACAAGCUCCCGGAAACGUAAAAGUGUUCUACGAGGUGCUAACUUUACUCUCGAUCAGUGGCUUAGCGACGAGGGCGAUAGAAGCAUCAGCAACCUCACUUUGGACAUCUCAGUUGAAUUGGGGUACGAUUCUGAAAACAACUUCCGCAAGCAGCAUAUUCGAUUGUCUAGAACGGAACGGUCCUGGAAUGUCCUUAGGCACAGUGUUAAAGCCCAUGAAUGCUUCAGUUGUAGCCGAAGCGAAACCAUUUGUAAAGUAUCAAGUUGCAAAGCUCAUCGCUGCUCAUCCUAAUCCAUCAACCAAUGUGCAGAGUUUGCUUGAAGUGCUCCUAAAAGAUAAUGUACCAUUCGUAAAGGCAUUCGCUUUUGAUGUGCUACACAAACUAAAGGACAAACAGAUAUCUACCGCACAACAACUUUUGAGCAAACAACCUCAACUUCAGUCACAGCUAAACCGAUGGCACAUCAGUAACUCUACAAAGUUACCACCGUUAAGACCUAGAAGUCAUCUUAGUGAGCAUCGCUGUCAGCAGAUCGGGCAGACAGUAGAUUCAUCGCAGUCAUUAGGUAGCUUAAUGCUUAACAUUAGCAGCAAAGUAAAUGAACUGUUUCCAGAUGAUGGAGAUGAAGUCAUUCAAGAUAUAGAUGUGGACAUGUUUGGGGACAAGAGUUCACAAACAAAGAAGCGGAAAUUUGAUGCAACAGGUGAAAAUUGUGCCGAUGAUGCAGCAAAGAUCAACCAGUGCCUGAAGGAACUACAGAGCCAAACAAUGCUUUUGAAAGGUUUAAUUCCCGCGCAACGCUUGCAAUCAUCACAGAAAGGACAGCUGCAAAGCAUAAUAGCUACACUGACGAAAGUACUGGAAAGCUGACGAAAGGUGAAUGGGUUGUAAAUAUAUAUUUUAUUACAUGACAGAUUAAAUUUAGAAUUGAUAAAAGAGCUAGCAAUUCUAGCUUCUAACUCUGGGCUAACAAUUAAGCACCGAUUAAUCCCUAAACGUCCCAAGCAAUCUAACAUUCCAAACAUUUAUUUUUUGCAGUCCUACGACAUUCUAAUCGGUGAUAUGGUUGUCUUAUAAAGCGACAUAACCGAGCAUCAGACGGCUGCUUGCAAAGUAAGUUAGGCAAAUUGACUUUUAUUGUAAGUUUAUAUAUUAACACAUAUUGUUCAAUUUACGUUUCGUGUAAAGGAAGAUAAAACUCUGUAAAAAAAUAUUAAAAUGUAAUUCGUUAGGUGGGAUGAAAUUCCUUCUGACUUGAAUAUGCCUUCAAGAAACACUUUGAGGAAGUAUAGAUUAAAUGAACAUUUAUUUUGCUUGCUAUGAGAUUGCUGCUACAGCUGAAUGUCAAAAUCUGUGUCUUUUCGCGCCAAACUCUGCCUAAGCUCGACCGCAUCGACGUAUGGAAUUUUAGAUUGCUUGGUUUUAGUUGCCAAGAUGAUAUACGUUGGGUAUUACAGAAGGUGAUUUUUUACAAAUUACCGUUUUAGGUUUCGCCAUUCCUUCGAUUCUAUAAUAUAUGAC